AUGUUUGCCGGCAUGCUUAUCGGCGAAUCGGCUGACAGGCUUGGAUUCCUCUUUGCGGCAGCUGUAUCUGCUACGCUUGUAUCUUACCUUGCCAAUGCCAUUCUUCCCGCCCUCAGACUCAAAUGGAAGCUUGCAAAGUUCCCCAUCAUCAACAAAGAGAAAGGCGAGUGGCUCAGCACGAAUGCUGUGAAACGAUGUGCCAGCAAUAUGAAUGCAAUCCUUCAGGAAGGAUAUGAAAAGUACGACGGCCCCUUUCGGAUCAUUGGCGCCUUCGGGAGCAGAUUGGUCCUCCCCCCUGCCACGGCUGAUGCGGUCAAGAAUGAUCCUCGCUUCACCGCCAAGGAGGUGGUCGAGAAAACCAUGGGCUCCUCAUUGCCCGGCUUCGAAGGCUUGCGUGCACCAGACGUUCUCAUUAUGAUGAUCCGCAACAAUUUGAGCACGAAUUUAGGUAAAUUCACCCAGGACUUGGCAGAUGAAACUCAGGCAGCAUUUGAUGAGAUCUGGGGAACAAGCACCGAAUGGCGCGAGAUCGAGUUGAUGUCCAGUCUCCGCGACAUCAUGUCGCAGAUUUCGACGCGCAUUUUCCUCGGCGCCGAACUCGCGAAGGACAGGUCAUGGCAAAAGAACACCAAGGAGUAUACCAACGAGCUCUUCUUGGCCGUGAGAGAGAUCCGCGCCUGGCCGGAAUGGGCGCGCGCAUAUGUGCACUGGUUCUUGCCAAAAUGCCGCCUGAUCCGCAAACAGGUCAAGCGAGCCGAGGAACUCAUCCAGCCGAUCAUCGAGAAGCGCGUCAAGGAGGCCCGCGAAGCCGAAAAGGGGCUCCGGGAGAUGCCGCAAGACGCCAUCACAUGGGCGUACCAGACCGCCAAGGGCAAGGACUAUCACGCGGCCCAUGUUCAGCUGGCCUUCAGCAUGGCCUCGGUGCAUACGACGUCGGAUCUGUUCUCAAACGUUCUCCUCCAGCUGUGCCGCCAUCCCGAGUGGAAGGAACGGCUGCUCCGGGAAGCGCAACGAGCACUCGAGGGCGGCUGGGAGAAGACGUCGCUCUACAAGAUGAAGCUGGCCGACAGUCUCAUAAGGGAGACGCAGCGCAUCAAGCCCUUGGGCGUCCUUCUCACGCACCGCUAUGCGACAGAGGAUGUAACCGCCCCCGACGGCACGCUUAUCCCCAAGGGUGCUCUCGUUGCCAGCAACAUGUCACGCAUGUGGGAUCCCAAGUACUUCCCCAACCCCGAAGAGUGGCAACCCGAUCGAUUCCUCAGGCUACGUGACCAGCCCGGAAAGGAGCACUCGGCUCAGCUGGUGACGACCACGACGGAAGCAAGUAACAUGAAGGUCAUGCUGUUUCACCUGCUACAAAACUACGAGUUCGAGAGGGCGGACACGGGGGUGGACGCGUUUCCUUGGUUCAUCGAAUAUGUCACGAACCCGAAGGCGAAGCUGCGGGUACGGAGGCGAGUCUAG